CCUCCAUUCACUUACAGGAAGGUCUCUCUGUCAUUGUGAGACAGCCAUGAAGGACGGUGUCAGACUAGGAGAAAACACUGACAUUUCUCGCCAGGAGGUUUUUGAGCAUUAUGCUAAUAUUUUUCUCCCACAUUGUUCAGAAGUGGGACCGUGCCGUGAUGAGAGGCUGCUGGAGAAGGCGGCUCAGUUCCUCCAGAGAGAACCAGACCUCAGUGAAACUUUCACAGUCUUCCCGUUCAACCAGUCUCUGAGUGAGGGCUGUGGAGGCCUGGCUGAAGACUGCAGGAAAUUUCUCUGUAGUUUUAUAAAAGCCACUGAGCUGCUGGAAACCCUCUGUGUUAAUCUGGUGCUGCAGCCCUGGAAGAAGGAAAUCAAGACUCUGAAGACUUUCACAGGUCCUUUUGUUUACCGUCUCCGACCAGUUUUCAGCAGUUCUAACAUCCAGUCAGUCCUCGCCUCUAUCGGAUACCUCCCUCAUACUGCCCCUCUACUAAGUGAGUACAGACUCAGUGAAGAUGCUAACCCAGACAGAGCCAUGCUGGUAGGCUUUGAGCUGCUGCUGGCUCGGGUGGAAUGUAAUCGUCUGCUGGAGCUCCAUGACAGGGAGCAGAUGGGGCAACAGGAGUGGCUGGAGGUCCUUCAGAGGAGACUGGGGCCUUCAAAACUGGAGGAAAGUACAGACAAGGACAAGACAGUGAGGGUAAAGGAAGAGGAAGAUGGAAAAGAGGCUCCUCUGCAUUUGGACAGCAGACUUGCAGUGAAACCUCAGCCCAAGCCUCGUCACUACCGCAUCAAAAAUGAGGACCAGUCCAUCAUGGAGAUGCAGAUGAACUACCCUGACUUGGUCUUUAGGGGGCGCCCUCUGCUUGCAGACAAACCUCACAGAGCAAAUAGCAGGAGUAGUGUUAAAGCUGCCCACACUAGUAAUAUCACCACUGAUGAGAGUAAAGCUGCUGAUCUCCCCAGAAGAGACUCUGUGAAAAGCCCCAGAGCUGCUGCUCAGACUGAAAGCUAUGAUGAGUGGCGAGUUGAUGAUGUGUUUGUUCACGAUGUCAAACACAGCGGUUACACUGGCAGGAACCGUGGUCAGACUGCUGACUCUGGGGUCAGUGUUAGCCGCCUUUCUAACAGUGAUGGUGGCAAAGCUGACAAUGAGCAUCUCCACGGAUCCACAGCAGAGCAGAGUUUGAACCCUGGAGAGUCUGCAGCAGAGGCUCCUACCUGGACACAGCAGGCUGCAGCAGACCCACCCUCCCUGAGCUCAAAGAACAGGGAUGAGGAUGUUAGAGAGCAUGAAGGAUCAAACCAGUUCAGUUCAAGAGCAAGACAGAAAAAACCUAGGGGGCUUAGUGGGAGAAAAGUACGUGUGGAGGGAAAUGUGGUGGAGACUGGUCCAAUUAGUCAUGUUGCUGCAGGAUGCUCAAGUUCCUCCGAGCCUGACCCUGAUGCGAUGACGGCACAGAAGAAGUCCUCCAUGUGUACCCCCUCCCUGUUGACCAUCAGUGCUGCAGACUUACAGAGCAAUCAAGGAGGAAACAAAGAGCAACGGAGAGAAGACGCAGAGAGAACAGAGGCAAGCAGAGGAGAGGGAGAGCUGCUGGAUCAGAGUUAUGUGGUCUUGUAGUCGAGUAUUCUGAGAAAUACACUCCUGAGUGCCAAAUUUGUGCACUCUUAAAAAUCAAUAAAGUCUUAAAGAUGGUUA